AUGGCGGUUGUCCAGCGGCGCCGUGUGAGCUUCCACGCUGAGGUGGAUGCCACUGAUGGCACGCUCCGCGCAACCAAGGCUGUGAAGACCACGGUGCGCACGAUCACCUGGGAUGACCUGCCACACUGGCUACGCGACAACCCGCAUAUCCACUCCGGCUACAGGCCUGCCUCUGCGUCCUUUGUGGCCAGCUUCAAGUCACUUACCUAUGUUCAUAACGAGACCGUCAAUAUAUACUCCCACCUCCUCCCUUCCCUACUAUCCCUACCCGUCUUUUUCACCAUCUACACCGCCGUCUCCUCGCGCUACGAAUCCGCCUCUUAUGCCGAUAUCGCAGUCUUCAGCUGCUUCUUCGCCGGUGCUGCCUUUUGUCUGGGCAUGAGCGCGAUCUAUCAUACCAUCUCGAACCACUCGCCGUUCGUCGCCUACAUCGGCAAUGCCUGCGAUUACGUCGGGAUCGUAGGCCUGAUCGUCGGUAGUUUUGUUCCCAGUAUAUACUAUGGCUUCUACUGUUGGCCGCGUCUGCAAAUUCUCUACUGGUCGAUGAUCAGUUUGUUAGGCGUUGGCUGCGCCGCGGUUGCGGCGAUUCCGCGGUUUCGAUCCCCCAGCUGGCGGCCAUUCCGCGCGGCUAUGUUUGUCUCGAUGGGGUUGUCGGCAGUUUUCCCCGUUAUACACAGCAUUGUGAUCUUUGGAUUGUCGGAGGUGCGCAGGCAGGGUCUGUCAUGGCUGCUGCUACAAGGGUCCUUGUAUAUUCUUGGCGCGGUGAUAUAUGCAGCGCGUGUCCCGGAGAGGCUGCGGCCGGGAAAAUUCGAUAUCGUGGGGCAUUCGCAUCAGAUCUUCCAUGUACUGGUGGUGAUGGCCGCAUGCGCGCAUUUCAGGGGAUUACUCCAUGGAUUUGAUUAUCGGCAUAGUGGACUCGCACCAGCGUGUGUGUAA